GAGAGGUUAAUAAAACCAACGUACGCUCACUGCACAGGAGUCAUAAAUCGGUCAAUAUUGAUUGAUUUCAAAAGGCUAUGCCAAUAUGCAGAAAUUUACACUUGGUGCCGAUUUUAGCUCGAUUAUACCAUGUUAUGAAUAUACAACGAGUGCGCUAGAUGCGUCUAUGAAUCGAUUUCUCUCAUUGCUUGGCGGUGUGCAGGUUAAGAGUGAUUGCAGCACGCUGAAUUCGCACUCAGAACAGCUUGCGAAUGACAUGACUGUUUGUAUAGACUUGGAUAUAGAUUUUGACGACGACAGCGAAGACAGUGGAAUCUUCACAACUGAUUGUGCAGGGUAUGACAAUCCCAUUUAUACGCUAGUAAAAGAUGACACAUCAACCUUGGAAAAGUUACAAAAAAGUGAUACCUCCACGUACACCCGACAAGAGAAAUUACUCAGUUCGCAAGGUACACCAAAAUCUAUUUUAAGACGAGGAAAAGCCGCGUCGAGGACAAGGAGUGUGGUUUCUUUUGACGACACUACAUAUGAAGGCGAAACACACAGUCGAGCAGUAUACAACAGGAAGGCUAUUGGGAUCACUGCCUCAAGUGCACAAUUUGUGUACAAGGAACUGAUGAUGUACAAGUUGUUGUCGAUGGUGGUUCACGACAGUUCAGUACACAAUAUGAACCUACACACAAGUAGGUGUGGAGGACAGGAGAGGGCCAGUAAGGAGAAGAUAAUUAACAAUAUAUUGGCUGCGGCUCAGACGUGAGAAGCCUAUUGACAUAGUCAUAGAAAUUCUCGGAGAAAACGGAAAAUAACUGCCGCCCCAAAGUUACAAUACAAUGUGCACGUCAUAUCGCAAUAAGAAUUGUGACUCUUGCUAAGGAUUCACUACGGUAAAAGCAUAUUCAGCACAGUAUUCGUCCACUGUGUGCACGUAUACAUACGCGAGAUAAGAUGAACGAAUCUAGAUCGUUUGGUCUGUCACGCAGCUCAUAAUUAAGAAGAUUAGACCGCCCUCAAUAAAAAGGUUCAAGGUG